GAGGGCCUGGCGUGGGAGCAAGCGAGCAUGAACCUGGUUGGUCUUGCGGAUGAAAUGGACAUGGAGAUGGCGCAGGAGAGAGAGGGCGAUGGUGGGAAUUUGCUACUGGCAAACCGCGCUUUGGCCUUUGUGGCGAAGUCGGUCUGCGCGAAGUGGAAGCACUUUGUUGCUUAUUACACCUACAGGAUCGCCUCCGGGUUCCGAUUAUUUGAGGCAAUUCAGGAGGUAGUUGAGGCUCUGCAUGGGGAGGACCCGGCCGACAUGCCAGUGUUCAUCAUGAACAGAUUUACAGGCCGCAAGAUGUUUAUCCUGUCAGACUUCCCACACCUCAUGAAGGUGUCUCCAGCCACCACAGUGCUCAGCUUUGCAAUGUCCGCGGCUGUUCUGCGGUUGAAAGACCGUUCCUGCCACGAGUACGUUCAGGGCACGGCUGCCUAUUUAAAAGCAUGCGCAACUCUGUGGGACGCCUUUUUUGAUGGGAAAAAGCUGAUGAUUGACUCUGACUGGCAGUCUCUUCUAGGAAGGAUUGAGGCUGCACUAGCAUGGUUUUCAUACUGGUACCAGGACUGCCGCAAGGUGAGGCAGCUUUUUAUUCCUAUUACAACUUAUAUGGACAUGCAUCUGGCAACCCGCGGCUUUGUGGGCUUCGUUCGGGAAUUCUUUGCGCAAUUCCCAGAGACAAAAUUUUACUUGCGAGGGAAAGAUUUCACAAGCAACGACGCAGAGCAUGAGUUCAGCGAGCUGCGGAGUGCAGGGGGACCCAACAGAAACCCCAAUGCUUUGCAGCUUGCAGAAUGA